GAAAAACAUGUUUUGAUAUAUUUGGAAGUACAAUUGCAGCUGGAAUGCAGAAUUUGCUGGCCUUGGGGCAAUUUAUUUUAACAUCUAAGUGGAAUACAUUCCAUCAGCUUGUUCAUUUUUGGCAUCGGAGACUUAUAUAAGGUAUAAAGUGUUGACAUCAAAAGCAUGCCGGAUAUCAUUUCGUACAUAUGGUGGUCCUUCUUUUCUUUUUGUCAGCCAUGAAAAUAGAUAUAUGAGGAGUAUAGGGAACAUACUACUACCUCGCCUGACAAGAAAGACUGAAACACCGUCAUGAUACUGUCUUGUAUAUUAAUACCUGAAAGCCAGUUAAAACGUCAUGUCUUUGGAAUAUUUACAACUGCAAUGUGACCUACAAUGAACAAACCAUUAUUGGAUCUGGAACUGUAGGAAUUUUAUUAGUUAAAUUCUAAGAGCAGCUGGGUAAAGCAAAUGUUACACGUCAUAAAUGGUGGACUAUUUCUUUGAGAAUAACCUUAAUGCGCUUGAAAGGUGACCAUUGCUGAUUGUGCCAUAGCACAUGGAUUUCAGGACUUCCUGUGAGGAGACAAAGACAGGGAUUUGUUUGCUGAAGGAUGGUAAUCCAGAACCCUUUGAAGUGCGGCUGCAUUUAUCAAAAGACAUUCUAACAAUCCAGGAACAGGAUGUCAUCUGUGUGUCAGGGGAACCUUUCUAUUCUGGUGAAAGAACUGUAACAAUAAGAAGACAAACUGUUGGUGGAUUUGGUCUCAGCAUAAAGGGAGGUGCAGAACACAGUAUUCCUGUUGUGAUAUCCAAAAUUUCCAAAGAACAAAGAGCUGAGCUUUCUGGCUUGCUCUUUAUUGGUGAUGCAAUCCUUCAAAUAAAUGGAAUUAAUGUAAGAAACUGUCGACAUGAAGAAGUGGUUCAAGUACUUCGCAAUGCAGGAGAAGAUGUAACACUAACUGUAUCUUUCUUAAAACGGUCACCUGCAUUCCUGAAAUUACCACUAAGCGAAGAUUGUACAUGUGUACCCAGUGAUCAGAGUAGUGGCACAUCAUCUCCUCUUUGUGACAGCGGCUUACACCUCAACUACCAUCCUAAUAACACAGAUACAUUGUCAUGUUCUUCAUGGCCAGCAACACCAGGUCUUCGGUGGGAGAAGAGAUGGUGUGACCUAAGAUUGAUCCCCCUGCUGCAUUCUCGGCUUUCUAAGCAUAUACCUGGAACAGACCUUUGCAGGCAAAAUUCAUUUCAAGUCAUUGCUGUUGACGGUGUCUGCAGUGGAAUAAUUCAGUGCCUGUCCGAUGAGGAUUGUAUAGACUGGCUACAAGCAAUAGCAACAAAUAUAUCCAAUCUUACAAAGCACAAUAUUAAAAAGAUCAACAGGAACUUUCCCGUAAAUCAACAGAUAGUGUACAUGGGCUGGGUUGAAGAGCGAGAACAAGAUCAUCUGCAUGACAGAAUGUACACACCAAAGUUUCUAGCAUUGAGAGGCUCAUCUCUAUACAAAUUUCCAGCACCUCCUGUUACUACAUGGGACUGGACAAGGUCAGAGAAGAGCUGUACAGUUUAUGAAAUUAUGUAUAAAAUCUUAAAGGGCAGUGAAUUGUUGGACCGCCGGAAACAUUGCUUCAGUGUUCAGAAUGAAUCGGGUGAGGACCUCUACUUCAGUGUGGAACUAGAAUAUGAAAUAACUCUUUGGGAAAAAGCUUUCCAAACAGCAACAUUUUUAGAAGUGGAACGAAUACAGUGCAAGACAUAUGCCUGUGUCAUGGAAAGCCACCUUAUGGGACUCACUAUAGAUUUCAGCAUGGGCUUUGUGUGCUUUGAUGCUGCAACCAAGGCUGUCCUUUGGAGAUACAAGUUUUCCCAACUUAAAGGAUCUUCAGAUGAUGGCAAAAGCAAGAUCAAGUUUUUAUUUCAGAACUUGGACAACAAACAGAUUGAAGCCAAGGAGCUGGAAUUUUCAAAUCUUUUUGCAGUACUUCACUGUAUCCAUUCAUUCUUUGCUGCCAAAGUCGCUUGCCUUGAUCCACUUUAUGUAGGCAGUCAGGGAAGUGCUGCCACACCUUGUACAACAGCUGCUACUUCUGGAAAAAAUAAAUAGACUAUUGGAGAUCUCCCUGAUGUACUAAACUGUUUACAUACAGCUCUCCAAUACCAUGUAAAUAUUUAUAUACUUUGGAACACAGACCUUUGUGGAGAAUAAAAGCAUACUCAGAGGACAUGAUUUGCUGUGAAUUCUGAAUAAAACAGCAAAUGUAAUGGAUCAAACAAUCAUUUUAUAGCUGAACGACUCAUAUACAGCACUUUACCUGAAUCUUACUUAGUGAAUGGAUACUAACUUCUUCCACAAUGAUUUGUGACAUUAUUGUCAGAAGACUUACAAAUCUAUGAAAGGAAUGCUGACAGCAAUGUGUGUCUUAUAAACACCAGUGGACAUUCCCUUAGAGAAACUAUACUGAAUGUAAACAGCUCAAUGGAGAAAUAAUUUUUCAUUGGUGCCAAAUGAUUUAUAUGAGACUAUACUAAGGCUGAACUUGGAUAAUCAAAAAAGUUCUUAUUCCACAGAAUAAAAGCAUGAGAAAAUAGAUAUUUUUUUUAGAACCACAAGUCACAGUAUUCUUCACUCAUCUCAUACUUAAAACUUACACAAAAUCUUCAGGGCAUGAGAACAUGUUGAAAAAAAAAUCUGUCCCAAGUUUUAUUUGAUGAUUGUUUGUCCUACUCUAAAUAUGCCUUAUGUGACAGUGUGCAUACAUGUAUAUAUUUAUACAGCAAAAUUGCUUCUGACUACUUGAUAUUUCAUGUGAUAAUGUAUAUCAAAUUUCAGAUAUCAAUAUUUUCUUAGAAAGACAAUGUCAUGAAAGUUUGCCAACAUCUAUAUAGUUAAUUUUAAAUAAGUAUUCUCUGUGCAUACAGUGGUCAGUAUGCUGCAGAACAAGUAAUGCAGAGGUCUGCCAUAAAUGUAAUGUUUUUAACAAUUUUUAUAUUUAUCUAUAUAUUUGAAUUUAUUAGUAAAUGAAGUCUUGUACAAAUUAUGAAACAAUGCCAUAUUUCUGAAAACUUGUCAAACGUCCCCCUUCUUUGAUGAACAUUAAUAAUCAAUUAUUUGUAAUUAGGUGUUAUUUCUCUUUCUUUGUUCUGCUAUCAUUAUGUGACAUCAACAAAUGUAUCAAAUUUAUUCCCUCUAUGUGUGCACACACACAUACACAGACACACAGACAUAUAUAUAUAUAUA